GCGCUGUUCCUGUAUCCAGUUCACUUUAUACAUUCAUGGUUUGGCCGGGCAAGGAGAACUUGGAUAGUGGCCAUUUCUCCCACAGCAGUGAAGGCAGCAUUACGACCGGUUGCGUGUGGCGCGUUUGGCCGGACAAGGACACAUAGGGCUGGGGUGACAUUCGCGUAAGUUAGCUAAGUAAUGCUUACUAGUAUGUUACAAUCGUUAAUCUGCCUGUGACGACUGUAUAAAGCCUGACUUGGAGAACCACUGCAUCUACACUGACUUCAGCGGGUUUUCGUCCGUAAAAGGUUUGUCGGGGUGGAGAGCUUGUUGCUGUAGAUGGUAAUUAUCUACACUCAGUCCAUCUGACGGAGCCGGUCCGUGUGGCUUUGCGGUGUCCUCUGUGCUGCGGGUGAUGGUCAGCUGGUGACUGGGGUAACUCUUGGCCCCUGUGGUGAAUGGCUGUGAGCAGAGGGGGUGUCGCCUUCUGGGUGGGUUGUGUCCGCAGCCAUGGCAGAAGGCAACCCAUCACGAACCAGAGCUUGAGUCUCAGUCAGGUGGUCGACUUGCAGUGGAUCUAUCAGACACGCGCCCUGAGCAGUGCAUCAUGGGCCUUGGCGCCCCCCAACAGCCUGAGGUAUCAGAACGUUAAGCAGCCUGUCUUGUCCCACCCAUUCCUUCAUGCCAGCCAGCCACACAGAGGUGCUUGGUAUGAGGAGGACUGGGAGGAGACUUCGCUCAGCAUGUGCGUGCUGGUGCGACAGGGUGAGUCAGGUGGCCUGCACACCCUGCUGGAGAUCCCUUUGUUCGGUCAGAAUAAAUUAGCAGAGCUCCUCCUUCCAGGGGCUCACAAGUCCUCAGAGUUCUCCUUCCCCCUGACUACGGUGGAUGGCAGUAGAGAGGAUGACAUUAACGUCGACAGCUUCAAGAGAAAUAGUGGUGACGCUGUAAAAAGAGAACAUGGAUGUUUCAGAAGCCUGUUUGAAGCAGAGAGGUGUCCUGCACCCUUCAUGUAUGGCUCUCAGUUUUAUUGUUUCCAUUGCCCGGGAACAGAGCCAGCGUCUAGUGUGUGCGGGCUGAAAUCUAGACAGGAUGUUGGACUUGAGAACAAGCCUGUGGAGCUGCCUCUGCUGUGUCCUACCUCUCUGUGUAGCCAUGCACAGAGAGCAGAGGGGGGACACACUGAAGGAAAAAGUGAAGGAGAAGAGAAACUGGCCGUGAUGUAUGAAAGGCUGAGGAUAGAGCUUCCAAAUUUCUUUACGAAGAAACAUGACUACACCAUGUACUCAAAUGAUAUGGAAUUCAUCAAUGGACUUAUCAAUACCAAGACCAGAGGCCGUGCGGUGUACCAGCUCACGCUCUCCCUGUGGCGCUUCCUGUUUCUGUGUUACUACACCAAGGCCUGGCUGGAGGUGCUGAAGCUGACCAAGCACAUGGAGGAUGGGACCAUUAAGGCUCGCUGGAGGGUCAGGGGCCUUCCCUUCCACUCUCUGUUGCUGCGCUUCUACCGCAAAGACAAAUCUCACCUGUACAGGUCAUAUGAUGCAUUCUCUACUUUUUACAUUGGGCAGGAUGGACUCAUUCACUGUCAUAAAGUUGAAAAAGUGAUGCCAGCUCAGCCCCCUGUCCUGCCCAGGGUAACGUCCAUCCUGGCGGGGGCUCUGGUGGCUCUAGGGGUGCAGGAGCACCGACCUGCUCUCAACCUGCUGCCCCUCCUCCUGUCCUCGCUGCGACAGGACUGAAACGGAAAAAAGGAUGAUGAUUAGAGGAGUAACGGCCAGUGGAAUCAACAGUGUGUCUAAGGUCCAUGCCACUCUUACAGGUUUCAUUCAUUCUCAACAUAGGAACAUUUAAAAAUGGAAAAUUCAGCUCUGUGUCCUGAAAUCUCAUAUUGUUGCCUCUGAAUUAAUUAUAGUCAAGACUUCAUACUGGUUUUUAUUUUUCUAAUUUUAGUGUUAUCAUUUGAAAUAAUUUUAGAUGUUAACCUGAUCGCAUGUCUGGGUUAUCAGAUGUCACAUGUGUCUUCUCUAUGACAGUCAGCCCACAGCCACUGUAAUAAAAGAUUUAACAGAUUUUGAUAACAUUUUUUGUUCAAAUGUUUAUGCAACAAUUUGAAAUUUGAGGAUGUGAAACUAAAACUUUUAACCUGAAGUCAACAUUAAACAGAUCCAACAUUAAAGAGAAUAAAGAGGCUGCCUGAUACAGAACAUGAUGAACUUCAUGAUGUAGCUCUUAAGACUCGACAUGAGGAACAAUGCAAAGGGUAAAGCUAGAGGUGCUCUCAUACUCUUAUGUAACAUGUCAAAUCCAAAUUGCAUGAUACAAAACAAGCACCUGCCAAUUAAAAAAACUUCCUCCUCCAUAAUGGAAUAUUUCAACGUUUGGGAAAUGUUUGUAUUUGCUUUCAGUAACACUUCUUUGCUAUUUCUUGUUUCCUUGAAAGAACAAUGUACUCCGGUACUAAUUAUAGAGGAACUGACAGUACACAUAGUAAACUCUUUUCUGAAGCUACACUGAAGUAAUUUCAUAGUUGAGAGAGUUUUGAUUUGAACGGUUGAUUUCCAGAACAAUUUCCUUCUUAAAGAAGAACUAAAAUCUUAAUGACUUAUCGACUUAAUGACUGUUCUCCAGAUUUGUUGAAUUGUUUGCAUUUAAUUUACAACUACACAGAAAUACAACUUUUACUAACCAUGUCCUGACUCCAGCACCGUACCUCAUCCACAGAUUGAUAUCCAUCUUUUCGUCUCAUUUUCUGAAAGAAAGAGAAAAUGCAUGUUUCCCAAAAUGCUGAACUAUUCCUUUAAAUAGCCCAUCCAUUAUCACAGUGGCUUCAUGAGGAUAUUUGGGGUAUAUGAUUUAGGGGCUUAGAUAUGUCAGUUAUUUAUCUAAGCCACAGUAUUUGUUACCUCCGCAGACACCCUGCAUAAUACAGACUCACAUCAUUUAUCUGUGUUGCUAGAUUAAAAAUGCAUCACAAAGCUAAAUUCUCAGACAUAGGAACGCCUGAUUACUGAUGUGCAAUGUUUGAAAAAGAGAUUAUGGUGUUUUCGUGACACUUAGUCAGCCUGUUUGAACUGGAGUGAGAAAGAAACUUGCCAAAGGUUUACUCAGGAGGUUUUCAGCCAUUAACAGUGGAUUCCGCCUGUCCGCCAUGUAGCACUCCCAGUACGUGUAGAAUAUAAUGCGGUGAAGAAUACACAGACUGAAACUUGUGAAAACUCUUCUUAGUACCAUUAGAGAAACGAUUUGAGACACAUCUUGUUAGAUAUGGGAGGACUGUGUGGUGAAAGGGUGUUGGGAUGUGAUACAAAGCCUUUUUGUGUAAACUGCUGCUUCUUUCACAGGUGAGGUGCAUGCUGUGUACCUCUGGUUGAGUUCAUUUCACUAAAUAUGCUCACAGACAGAAACUGAAACUGGUGCAGAGGUUUCAGCAGGAUCAAUGUUGGGCUCAGAUUACAAGAGUUCAUAAGACCUGAAGGAUGUUAAAAUCAGACUUUGUUACACACAUACACGGACAUUUAAUAGAUUAUAUGCAAGGAUACUUUUUCCCCAUACACAGACCAUAGUGAGCAUGCUUAAAAAUGUGGAAGUGUGAAAAUGUUUUUCUGUGUGCGUGUCCAAUGAGCAUCUUUCAUAGGAAUGAAUGGGCUGCCAUUUUGGAACAUGGUGAAGUUUUUCUUGAUACAUCUGUGCUCCACAAACCAACCACGACCACGUACUGACCAAUCACUGCGUGGAGUGGGAGUGAUUGUUUGAUUGUGUUUGAUUUCCACCUCUGUCUGUCCCUCAAAGGUCCUUUCUCCUCCUCUCUGUAGCCUCUCAUUGUCUCUUUUAUCCAAAGAAGAGAUAUUCAUUCUUGCAAAUAUCAAACAGAUUUAAUUGCUGUGGCCCUGAUUGUGUCUGAUAGACUUUCUGGAUGUUAAAAUGUGAUCAGAAAUUCUGAACUGAACAUCAGAGCUUUCCUGCGUAUCUUUAUAGAGGAAAAGUUAGGGUUAAUCAGCCUGAAUAUCUUCUAAUCUGAGCCCAGCAUACAGUGGUAGUAGUUCUGAAUGGAAGCUAUGGUGACUGUGUGGAGGUCAGCUGUAUGGUCUGACACAGCUUUGUGUGUGUGUGUGUGUGUGUGUGCGUGCGUAUAUAUGUGUGUGAGCUGUGUUUGGAGAGGUGAAAGCAACUGAAUUGCCCGCUUAAAAAAAAAAAAAAAAAAAAGCCAUUGCAAACCAUUAGAGAUGUGUGCUGUGACUGUUGAAAAUUAUUUUUUCAAAUGAUCAUUUUUAAGACAUGAUAAAGCACCUUGGCCACAUUGGGGCCAACCACAGACCUGUGCUGCAGACUGAAAGUAACAGUCAACAAAACACUGGCCGUCCAUUCAUUUCCAAUAGAGCUGAACAAAUAGACCAACAGGCUUGUCUUUUGAGAAAACUUGCACUUCACAUCAAUCAUCUUGUUUCCCACCAGUGUAGUUAAAUGAACAAUUGUCCUGGCAAGUACUGUAAACACCAUAAACUAUGCAUAGAGGCUACCAUGGUCAGUUUGGGAGAAUUUGAUACUGUGGGAGAUCAACCUAAAUGCACACAGUGUUUGUUUUGUUCCUUAUUAACAACACAAAAAAAUGGUGGGGGGUGGGGGGGGCUCUGAGAAAAACGAAAGGUGUUGCUGUAUGUAAAGGUGUUACCGGUGAUACACGGUGUCAAAUAAAAGACUCUAAUUUGUAAAAUACUAAGCCUAUUAUCAAUACUUAGUCGGACGACGGACGCUACAAUUAUAAACUGAAAGUGUCUGCAGCUGUUAGUGAGUAGCUGCUCUUAUGGCUCCCUGGGUCUUGGUACUUGUUUUCAGCAGAAACUCUCCUGCUCUCGCCUGCUCAGCCUACUCUGAUGGUAGGCAGGUUACUACGGUAGCUGCAGCCUCACUGCCCAACACACACUCUCUCUCUCUCUCUCUCCCUGGAUUAUUCUCUGGAUUAUUGUAUUGCCAGCAAAGACAGAUGACACACUGGCUACUCACUCAGAUGUUUGGAACAUGAAUGGAUGGAGUCUUGCUGACUGAGUUACUCAGUGUGAAUACAUGGUUAUAGACUAUACGGUGUGUACAUAUUUACUUCAGGUCAGGCCUUUUCUAAUGCCCCUUAGAAAAGACCUGACCAGAAGUAAAUGUAUGACUAGAGAAAUACAUCCCUGUUAGUCAUUUAACGCUGAAUGCAAAAGAAUCUCUGUGUAGAAGCAGUUUCCAUUGAACAUUUGCUUUGGUUGUGAAGAUGUACCUAAAUGAGUAGCUGUAUAUACUCAGUCUGGAUGCUGAAGCGUUUGUUGUAAUUUCACAGUAAGAUUUCACACAGCAGCUUGCCUGCUUGACAAUAGUUAGUGCUUGUUCAAACCGGCCAAUAAAGCAUGCUGUAACAGUAGCUGUGGUACAUCACAGAAUGAAUAUCCUCUGGUGUGUAUUUAUCAGUCAUAUCUGUAUAGAAACAUGACUUGUCAGAUUCUGUGUUGCUUAACUUCCACAUGUACUACUGCAAUAACUCCUGUGAAUCCUGGUUAUGUGAAUAAAAUAAAAUAAACACAUGAUGAUUAAA